CACACAAUACUUGUUAGUGAGUUUAGCUAUGCACAUGAGAUUUGUUGGCAAUAAGAAUAAUGUAGAAAAUUGCCAGACAUAUCCUUUAAAACAUGUGUUAAGGGGAUAUUUAAAUAUUUGUAUCCAUCAAAAAUACAGACAGGAUUUAUCAAUACAUCUAUCCAGAGUUUUUUACAGUAGUGAAAUAACGAAACAAAAAAUAAAUACAGGAUAAAAGCCAUCUGAUUCAGAUAUGACAUAAAACAGAAUAAAUAAAGGUGGUUCUUGAGGGUUUAGCUCAUAUUAGAGACAGUUUAUCCAUAUAUAGAUAUAGUUCUUAUGGCCUCACAGUUCAGGGUGUCUACAUAUAUGCUAAAAAUGUCUUUGAAUACACUAGAGUUGCUGGUGUGAAUAUAAUACUUCCCAGAUAUCAAGAGCAAGUUUACAAUGUAUACAACAUCACAGCCUUUAAAAUAUUCCUGUCAUUUCAUCUUGUAGUUUGCCUUGCCAGCAAUUGGCAAGCCAAGUGGCAUUCCCAUUUAGUCUUCUUCUGCUGAUGAGAUGAGAGUGGACGGAUUUAGUUAAACAGAGAGAGAGAGAGAGCGACAGAGAGAGAGAGAGGGAGGGAGCGAGGGAGGGAGGGAGGCGGAGCGAGGGUUUUACUACAGUGUGUGUUGAGGAGGCUGGCAGUGAGGAGGAGGAGGAGAGUACAGGAAAGGAUGCUGGAUGCUGAGACAGAGCUGCUGUCGUAACAUUGUGUGUCACAGAGAAGCAGCUCUCAUCCUGACAGAAAAGAAAAAGAACAACACCACAUCUGCUCGGAAGCCUAAGGUUUUGGGUGGACGAUGAACAUAUCUGGCGGCCCCCCAGGGGAGGAGCUCACAGAUGAGGAAAAGGAGAUCAUCAACAGCGUACUGGCUCGUGCCGCCAUGAUGGAGGCCAUGGAGCAGGAGAGGAUUGAGCGUCUCUCCAGUCGCCUGGAUAAUAUCAAGAGGACAGCCUGUGGUGACGGGCAGUCGCGUUGUCUGCUUUGUGGGUCGUCCUUUGGACCACAGGGGGUCACAGCUGUCCUCUGUGUGCAGUGCAAAAAGCACAUGUGUAGCAAAUGUGGGAUUUCCAGCAACAGCAGGACUUGUCCAGUGUGGCUGUGCAGAAUCUGCAAUGAACAAAAGGAGGUCCAGAAGCGUUCAGGAGCUUGGUUCUUUAAGGGGAGAGGACAGCAGGUUCUGCCUGCCCCCCUACCUCUGUCCAGACCUCAACAGUCCAGCACUGAGAGCAGAUCUGGUCCAGCGGACCACAACGGAUCACAGGAACCUACGACACAUCAUCAGGGGCCUGAGCUCAGUGCAGAGUCACAGCCGCAGCAGUCCUGUGGAUCAGAGCAAUGGGAGCAGACAGCAAGAACAACAGCUGACAGCUAUAAUGAGAGUCAGUCCCAUCCAGCAGCUGUAAUGAAGACGGAGAGACAUGUGUUAGCCUCCAAACCGCCUCAGGCGAACGCACAGGAGGUCACCCCCACCUCAGCUCCACCUGCAGAUGUGGAGAAGAAGGAUGAGACAGUGUCCCCUCCAGCUGUGGAGGAAAAAAGACAACCUGUUGUUGCCUCCAGUUAUGUUUCAUCCCAUUCUCCCAUGACAAGAAUUGUUCCACCUGUCAAUCCUCCGGCCAACAACCCCACUCCUCCGAAACCCACGCCAGACCGAACAGAGGAAGAGGACAUCGACUAUGACUCAGAUGAUGCCACCACUCUGGGAUGUCUGGAGUUCAGUCUUCUUUACGAACAGGAGAAUCACGCCCUGCACUGUUGUAUUGUCAAAGCGAAGGGUUUAAAGCCAAUGGACUCAAAUGGCCUUGCUGACCCGUAUGUUAAGCUGCACCUGUUACCUGGAGCCAGUAAGUCUAAUAAGCUUCGCACCAAGACACUUAAAAACACUUUGAAUCCUGUUUGGAAUGAGACACUGAUCUACCACGGCAUCACUGAUGAUGAAAUGUCACGCAAAACCCUUCGGCUUUCAGUGAGCGACGAGGACAAGUUUGGACACAAUGAGUUCAUAGGAGAGACGCGAGUGGCCCUGAAGAAACUGAAGUUUGACCAGAAGAAGAACUUCAGUGUUUGUUUAGAGAGAGUUAUCCCGGUGAAGAAGGCCGUAGGAGGUCCGGCCCGUGGCAUGGCUCUGUACGAGGAUGAUCUGAACGAAGGUGAGGAUUCAGAGGAGAGGGGUCGUAUCCUGGUUUCGCUGAUGUACAGCAGUCAGCAGGGUCGUCUGAUAGUGGGCGUGGUCCGCUGUGCUCAUCUGGCCGCCAUGGACUCCAACGGAUACUCUGACCCGUUUGUCAAAGUAUGUCUGAAGCCAGAUAUGGGAAAGAAAGGAAAAAACAAGACACAGAUAAAAAAGAAGACCCUCAAUCCAGAGUUUAAUGAGGAGUUCAGUUAUGAAAUAAAACACGCAGAACUGGCCAAGAAAACUCUCGACAUCUCUGUCUGGGACUAUGACAUGGGAAAAUCCAAUGAUUUCAUUGGAGGAUGUCAGCUCGGCAUCCAGGCUAAAGGAGAGAGUCUGAAGCACUGGUAUGAAUGCCUCAAGAACAAAGACAAGAAGAUUGAGCGCUGGCAUGUUCUGCUAAACGACAACACCGUCCAGUUUGAAGAUUAAAACAUCUUCCCCUCAUCUAUGUAUUUUCUUUCUCUCUCUCUCUCUCCCUGUAGAAUAUUGUCUUCCAGUGAGCACGGGUGGACAGAUAUUAUUAUCCUCUUGCUUUUAUGUGGUGCAAUGUGCAAGCUGCAUUCACAAUAGUUUUCAACUGACCAACAUGGAUGUUGAGACUCUUUGUAAAGAGGAGUGACCACUAAGCAAAACCAGGACGCUGUCACUGUCAUCAUAUCAUAAUCUGUAUCAUAUAAUAAAUUAACCUUAUCUGACAGGCGGUAAUGAUUGAGUAGAGUAAUUAUCAUACUUUAUGGAGAAGAUAAGCCGUUGUUAUCAUCAUCAUCACUACAUUAUGUUGUAAUGAAGUGCACCUCCGUGUUCAGACCCAACCGAGGGAAUUCCCGGUUUUCCGUCUCUGACCUGUUACCCCCGCCUUGAAUCUGUGCUCUGGUGAUAUGAGAUCACAUCCUGCGUUAUUAGCUGAUCUACCGUAUGUGACCUCGUUGUUGGAGUGCUUGCAUCAAAACAUUCACUUUGCUUGUGUUAUUGUGCAUAAUUAUCAUGCAUAUGUUAAUGAAUAAACGGGGGAAGAUUACAGAUGUUUUGUAGCUUAAAUAAUGUGAACUCUUGGCUGCAGGUGACACGUCGGUCUCGCCAUCACCGCCUUCUCCUCCUGUGCAUGCGUGAGCUCUCUUGUCUGCCUUCUGGAGAAAUGUAAAACCCCUAAAAAUGCUUCUGCAUGAAACUCUAUUAAUAAGAACAAAUGAAAGUAUGCAAAGUAUUCCAGAAAGACUUGUGAAACUGAGGAAAUUCUAACGCCAGGUUAUCAGAUCUGCACUCAUGUUUCCGGCUACAUGAUCAACAUUGUGCUCUCUGUGUUCUUAUUGAUGCAUGUCUUAACUCAAGAUGUCGCAUACACGUGACUAAUAAAUAAAGACAUCAUGGAAGUUC